UGAUUAAAAAAAUUAUCAUUGUGAAAAGAUCUAUCUCUUCCUCUGUGAAACUUUUUGGCUUCACUUCUUCACUGUCCAGAUCCUUCAGCGGAGGAAUAUUUCCUACAUCAACAUGUGUGGAGUCAAAGGUUAAUAACUCCAACUCAACUUAUUAAAUAGCUAUUAAGUAGAAAAUAUAGAACAUCAUCAAAUGCAUUUUUUACUUAAAAAUAAUGGUGUAAUGAGUUUUUUUCAAGGUGUCUUACGUUUUUCAAUUAUUAAUAUUUGUGAAGAUAACAACAAGGAAUUUGAAGCAUUUUUGAGUGAUUUAGGUGGAGGUGUGCUUACUGGUGGUUUCAUAAAACAGUGUGAGAUCUGUUAUGAACUCGGACAUGGUGACGACAUGUACACCCUUGGGUGUGCAUGUAAUUUGUGGUACUGUCGUCGGUGUGAUGCCUUCUACGAUCUCGGUUUUCUCCGUGAAUUAAGGAAUCCCUUUCACUAUGCUCUCACCCGCGGUUCUUUCGUGCACUUUUGGUGCUCAUGAUCUCCGGUGGUUCGUUGAAGAUGUGGGGGAAUCUUCGGUGGUUGACACUGCCGUUGUGAGUGACGAGGUUGUCCGACGUCGUUCUGCACGUGCUGUCCAUUUGAAUAAGAUGUACUUUGGGGGAGACUUUGUUGUUGACUUUGAUUUCGGCUGGCUGACUAAAGCUUAAUGACUAAAGCUUGCAAGGGGGUUUUCAUGUUCAUUUUUGCUUUCUUUCUUAUGUGUGCUAGACUGCUAGGUACAGUACGAGUAUACGUAGUUAAUUCACCAAUGUACGGAGCACUUCGUAUGAUGAGUACAAAAUGAGAAUGGCGGCUAGCUAGGGUUAGGGUUUAACGAUUUUUUCCUGUACACGUGAGGACGUGAGGUAAUUAUGUACUCCCUCCGUCCCCUUUUAAAUGUCCCGUUUUACCAUAUUGGGAUGUCCCUAUUUAAUUG